ACGUCACGAGAGUUCGCAUGUUCCAGUCUGUUCCAGUCGAACAUUACAAGGUUAAAAGGGUGACUCUGGAAAGAAGCAUCGUCUGUAGCCUAUGUUUAGCAGAGUCUUUGAUAAUUUUGGUCCAGAACGAUGCAGUGUGAUCAAGAGAGUGUACAGAAAGAGGGAACUGAACAGGACUCACAGACAAACGGUCGUGCUAAUGCACUUGGAUCCAACAAAGCAGAAGAAGACCUCAAAGCAGACGACGGUGAACUCAAACCCAAAGCGUUUGACAACGGAGCCUUGAGUCAGGCAGAGUGUCUGAAGUUCCGAGACAACUUGUUUGAGGUUAUUGAAGAGCUGCGGAUUCGCAGAGUAACCGAUACUGAGAAUGAAGAGAGAAUCAGCCAGCUUGUCAAGGAGAAACACCAACUGGAAAGGGCUCGGGAGGAAGAGGAUGGGGCCACUGCAGAGCUAGAGAAGAAACAUGGCCAGGAGAUUACAGAUUUGCACAAACAAUACAAAGAGCGAAUACAACAGGCAGAAGAUAGCAAGAACAAGAGUGUCCUAGAUCUGGAGACUAGUGAGAGGGAGAUCAAAGCCUUGAAGGAAGAGGUUCAGACCUUACACAUGUGUAAGUACAGUCUUGAGCAGAAGGUCAAGGAACAAGAGCGGCAACUGAAACUUCAGGCCUGUGCUAAAGACUCUCACUUGUCCCAGAUGACAGAGAUGGAACAGAAGUGCAGAUCUCUCUUCCUGCAGUGUAGGCAGCUUACAGAGACACAGGACAGGCUGGAAAAAUCAGUGAAAGAAGCAAUCAGGAUAAACAAGAAGUUGAACUCUGUUAACAACCACCAGACCUGCCUGAUAAAGAUGCAUGACGCAGCACUGGAAGCUCAGAAGAAAGAAGUGCAAGUUUUAAAAGUCCAGGUUCACUGCAAGCUGAACAACUCUGAUGUCACCUCAAGUGAUGAGCACAACAGCCUUCAUUUGGUGCAGCAAGAACUUACAAUACAACAAGACUUGAGUAAACAGCUUCAGGCGCAACUAGAGGAGAUUAGGAAAGAGAAGACAGAGGCUGUGUCUUCCCUUCAAGAGUGCCAAAGCCUGGUGGACAGGCAUGUCGAGACAUGCAGUCUUCUCAAACAGAAGCUUGAAGUGGUGGAGUUGGAGCUACAGAACCUCAAAACUGAGCAUGAAGGGCUGAAGACAUCAUUUGAUAAGCAGGCACAGGAGUUACAGAACCUGAAAGAUGUCCACAAGGAUGCUUUUGAAAAGUGGGGGAAGGAGGAGGCUUCUUUGCAGAGAAGACUCAAGACGUUACAGGAAGACUAUGAAAACUUGGAGAAAGCCCAUAACAACCUUGAAGAGCUGAACACAUCAUGGGCCAAGAAAAACAUCAAGAUGACAGAAGAAAUCAACUCCUUGACAAACAACAAGAUGCUUGCAAUAAAAGACUCACAAGCAGAGACUGCAUCAGUGUAUUCUCAAACUGAAUUGUCUUCAACAGACAGUUCUACGCAGACAGACCAACAGGAGGAAGAUUCGGUCAGCAAGACCAAUAAACCAAACCACUCACUUCCCACUGUGACAAGCCUUGCUCCAAUGGAGUUGGACGAUUGCAGUGAGUCAAUAGACACUCCACAUGAUUCAAGCCUAGCUCAGGAUAAGCCAUCUGAAGGACAAAAGAAAGAGAACAAACUACACAAAAAUGUUGAAAAUGUUACAGAAGUGCAAACAAGUAUGGAAAUUGAUUUGACCAAUGAACCAGAUUGCUGUAAAGAAAUACCGAUUGGCGACAACACACAGAGACCAGAUUCAGAGCCAAGCAAAGGCUCUAGUCCUCCGCAAAUGGUGCAAACAACAUCAGGGUAUCAGAAAGCUGAUCCUGUUGAAGCCAAGGAGGCUGUAAAACCACCCCAAGGAAGCAAACUGAAUGAAGAGUUUGAAAGGAUUGAUAAGGUUUUCCAGGAGGCACAAGAGAAGAAAUCAAGUAGCAGUGACAUUACCACAACAUGCCCACAAAAUAGCACAAGUCAUAAGGAUAAGGGUUCUUCAUCUAACAAGGAUCAAAGCAGUUCAACAGCAGUUCCUCUAGUUGUGCCCAGUGAUGUCCGUGGUGCUGAAUUGCCAUCCGACUGUUCUGCUGAUGCUGUAGGCAACAAUGACCAACCCAUCUCCCAAAUGAACAAUGGAGAAGCCACAGGACAGUACCAGUACAAAUUUGUCAGCCUCCAGGAAGCUUUGCCUGCUUUGCAGCAACACCAAGAGAAGCAUGACAAACUGCAGGCUUCAGGAGCAGACCAGUCAUCCAAGAAAAAAGGGGGUUCGGAAAGUCAGGAAGAACAGACUGACAGGAAUGAAUGGGAAGAACUGGCCAAAAGUUUUGAAGUUCAGCCCCACUGA